AUGCCACGGAGGAAGGACUGGAGGAAGGUGCAGGCGAUGCAGCAGCGGAUGGAGGAUGGCUUUGUGCUUAAGGAUGUUAUUGAAAGUGUAGAUACUCCACAAGUCAAGUGUCUCGAUACUGCACUUCGCACAGUGUUUUCAGAACAUAACUCUACAUUUGUGACAUUUGGAGGAGCAACAUUUGCCGUUACAAAAAGAAACGAGAAAUAUUAUGUGUUUGAUUCCCAUUCUCGGAACACUGCAGGGUUACAAGUGCCUAAUGGGACAAGUAUUCUUAUGCAGUACACAACCCUCCUUCAGGUCCAGCAACACUGUAUGAAUCUUGCACGUUCAAUGAACCUAAAUGCAGACACGCAAUUUGAAGUGACAGGCAUGACAAUCACCUCUGAUGUUGAGGCACAUGUGAAUGAUCAUGAUUUGAGCAAAUCUGGAAAUCAGCCUGAUGAUACUGCCAGUGAAACAAAUGAAGCUGAACAUGAUGUGGUACACCUUGAUGAACACGAGAAUUCCCAAGAUGAUAGUGUGGAAAUAAUUAACAUUGACCAAAAUGCGAUGCUUUUCUGCCCAAUAUCAUCAGAUGUAUGUGAACAGUUGUGCGAACAACUCCAUAUUCAACAUCACUGUUUACCAAAAUGUCAAGACCAUGAGUUUGGUGUGGAAAUUGGUGAACCAUGUAGAACAGUUCAUAUUGAAGGUGAUGGCAAUUGUUUCUUUAGAAGUUUGUCCUUUGCAAUCUCUGGCAAAGAAAACAAUCACAGAAAAGUCCGACUGGCUGUUGUGGCACACCUAAGGGAACAUGCUGAAAGCUUCCGUCCGUUCUUAAGAUCAGGUUAUGACUCUGUUGAACAAUACAUCUCUCAAUCAAGAAUGUGGUAUGUUGGAACAUGGGCAACAGAACUAGAAAUGUUUGCAGCUGCAAAUCUGCUCGGUACUGACAUUUGCACAUUCACUGAUAACAGAUGGCUAAGAUAUCCAAGCAGUCAAAUAAACACAGACUCUCCAAACACUGGCAGAUGCAUAUAUCUAAAUCACGUUGGUGGUUCACAUUACGAAGUUGUUGUUUGUGUGAACACUCUUGGUGCCUUGAGAAACUCCUGUACAGACAAAUAUUGUGAGAAACAUUUGAACAGCAGUGUUCGUACAAGGAAGAGAAAAGCUAAUCAGCUACCUGUAGAUGAGAGACAAUCAGUUUUGAAAAUACAAAAACUUGAUGGCACAGUAUCUGUUCAUUCUCAGGAAGUGACACCUGCUGAAGAACAAACAAAGAAAACAAACAAAAAGUAUGCACGAGCAAAAGCCAAAAGAGAGUAUAUCCAGGCCAAACGAAAAUUGGAGAAAGAUAUGCCUGAAACAUCGAUUUUGAAUGUGAAACAGAGUAAACUGACGAAAGAGAAACAAAAGUACAACACUGUACCUGAACUCAGAAACAGAAAGAAAGAAGCCAGUUCAAAAAGAUACAAAGAUGAUGAAGCACACAGGGAAUCUGUCAAAAACUACAGCCAAAAACAAUACGCUGAAGAUGCAAAACAUAAAGCAACACUUAAAAUGUACAGCACUGAGAAAUAUGCCACUGAUUCUGAACACAGGGCAGCAGUCAAAACACAUAGCACUGAGAAAUAUGCCACAGAUUCUGAACACAGGGCAGCAGUCAAAACAUAUAGCACUGAGAAAUAUGCCACAGAUUCUGAGCACAGGGAAACAGUCAAAACAUAUAGCAGUCGGCAAUAUGCCAAAGAUCCUAAGCACAAGAAAACUUUGAAAUCUCGCAGUACUGAGAAAUAUGCAAAAGAUGCAAAACACAGGGAAUCGGUUAAAUCCGCAAGCAUUGCAAAGUACAAAACUAGUAGUGAACAUAGAGAGAAUUUGAAAGAGAGACAGUCAGCCAGGGUUAUACAAAUAGCAAAAGAAAGGAAAAUAAUGGCGAAUGUAACAAGAUCCUUUGUUGAGAACAUUUCUAAAGGUCCAGAAUUUGUGUGCUCAGUGUGCCAUCGAAGACUUUUCAAAAAACAGGUUGUUCAAUGCAAAAAAACUGUGUAUGAAAGCAAAGGAAGCAAUGUAGCAUCUGUAUCUGAGAAAUGCAUCACUGACACUUACCUACACAAAUGCACAGACAGUUGUGAUGACCAAUGUCCGUUUGUCAAUUGUCCAGAAGGCACAUUGUGGAUUUGCUAUACUUGUCACAGAAAGCUUUUGUCUGGUAAAAUGCCGGGAGAAGCUGUGGUGAACAACCUAAAACUGAGCCCUGUUCCUAUGCAGCUACAAUGUCUAAAUGAACUAGAGCAGCACUUGAUUGCCUUGAAUAUCCCUUUCAUGAAAAUGAUGGCAUUACCAAAAGGUGGACAACAUGGCGUACACGGACCUGUAGUAUGUGUUCCUUCAAACAUUGAGAAAAGCACCAGUAUGUUACCGAGAUGUGACGUAGAUGAUCAGAUGAUCAGAGUGAAACUGAAAAGAAAGAUAACUUACAAAGGCCAUUAUCAAUAUCAGUUUGUCAACAAAGCUCAUGUUAAGAAUGCCUUAGAAUAUCUUCAAGCAAACAACAGAUGGUAUGGAGAUGUAAAUUUUAAUGAAGAAUGGGUCAAUCCCUUGCCAGUUAUUGAUGAAGAAGAUGAAACUAAUUACUCUGAUACUGACACUGACACAUUACCUGACCUUGACAAGGAUAGCUCAAACACACAAAUUACUGAGAAUAAUGCGUCUGAGAAAGAGCAUGGCUUACUUUUGAAUACAUGUCUGCAACCUCUUGAUAUUGGCCAAGAAGUUCUUGAUCAACAUUUUGAAAGGAUAACCUGUGUUGCACCUGCUGAGGAAAAUAAUCCUGUCCGAGUAUUGACAGACGAAAGCAAUGAAGCGAGAUCAUUUCCAGUUUUGUUCCCUUCAGGGUCAUCUACCUUCCAUGAUGAUCGUGAAGAGAGAAUAACACUUGCACGUUACCUGCACACACGCCUAAUGAAUGCUGAUCGUCGAUUUGCUCAAAACACUGACUACAUAUUUUAUGCUCAGUAUCUUUCAGAAAUUCAACAAGUUAUGUCAAAUGUUUCCAUUGCAAUGCGAAAGGGAUCACAGUCAUAUGGUAAAAAUGUUACCGCUGAAAAUCUUAUAGAUGCUGAUUCCCUAAGGGGCAUAUUAAAAUGUGAUGAAGGAUACAGGUUCUUGAAACCCAUAAGAGGAACUCCACCAUUUUGGCAAUCUGCUCAAAAAGAUUUAUUUGCAAUGUUGAGACAACUGGGUGUGCCAACUUGGUUCUGCUCAUUCUCAUCGGCUGAUAUGAGGUGGCCAGAAAUGAUCGAAACAAUACUUCGAGGAGAGGGGGAUAAACGCAAAGCCUAUGAACUUGACUGGUCAGAAAAAUGUUUUGUUCUGAGAAAGAACCCUGUGACAGCAGCACGAAUGUUUGACCAAAGAUUUCAUUACUUCUUGAAAGAGGUUAUCAUGUCUCCUGCAGAACCAAUUGGAAAGAUAAAAGAUUACUUCUAUCGUGUAGAAUUCCAGCACCGUGGUUCCCCACACACUCAUUGCCUUUUCUGGGUUGAGAAUGCGCCAAAAAUUGAUAAAGACAAUGAUGAAGCAGUAAAAUCCUUCAUUGACAAAUACGUCACAUGUGAAAUGCCUUCAGUUGAGAUUGAUGAAGAAUUGUACAAUAUUGUCAACAGUGUGCAGAAACAUAGCACAAGACAUUCAAAGACAUGUAAGAAAAAUGGCACAACAUGCAGGUUCAAUUUCCCUCGUCCACCAAGCAGUGAAACUUUCAUUUCACGACCAGGUGGUCAAGAUAUCAAUGGAAAAAAUAAAGAUGAGCCAAACACCUUGGAACAAACUUGUGAAUCUGUCAAACUGAUGACCAACAUUGAUGCAAAAGCAAUUUUGAAACUGAUUUGGCAAGCACUAACAAAUGAUGAGCAAACAUUUGAGUCAGUUGAUGCAUUAUUCACUGCUGUCGGUAUUUCACAAGAUAUGUUUGAAAUAGCAUGUGCAACCCUAGCCACAAAAACAAAUGUUGUCUUGAAACGCAAGCCAAAUGAUGUAUGGGUGAAUCAGUACAAUGCAGAUCUCCUGAGAUGCUGGAACGCAAACAUGGACAUUCAGUAUGUUGUUGAUGCCUACUCUUGUGUUGUGUACAUCAUUUCAUAUAUCUCAAAGGCAGAAAGAGAAAUGGGAUUACUGUUGAAUCAAGCACAAAAGGAAGCAAAUAAGGAUAAUACUGAUGCAAAAUCUGCUUUGAAGAAAAUUGGUGCUGUGUACUUACACAAUCGAGAAGUGAGUGCUCAGGAAGCUGUGUUUCGAGUUUGCAAUUUGAGAUUGAAGGAAGGAUCACGUAAAGUACAGUUCAUACCAACCGUAGACCCUGUCAGAAUGAGUUUGCCUCUCGAAACUUUGAAAAACAAACAACAGAGUGGUGAACUAGAUGAAGAUGAAAUGUGGAUGACAAGCAUUGUUGAUCGAUAUGAGAGUAGACCCAAAUGUGAUGAGUUCAAUAACAUGUGUCUUGCUACUUUUUGCUCAGAAUACAGAGUGGUGUCAAAAUCUGAAGUAGCGAGGGUGUCUGAUGAAAAACGGCAUAGUCCACUUGUAACAUUGCAAAAUGGCCUUGGUCACGUGAAAAAACGUACUCGAACUGAUGCAGCAAUUAUCAGAUAUGCCAGAUUUUCCCGUACAAAGGAUCCUGAGAAAUACUAUCACAGUAUGCUGCAGCUAUUCUUGCCAUAUACAUUUGAUACUCAGUUAAAACCAGCCGCCUUCAAUUCAUAUGAAGAAUUCUAUCGAACUGGUGCUGUCCAGAUUGCAAACUGUCCUGUAGAAACUGUGAAAGACAUUGUUGACAGAAACAAAGCCAUGUUUGAGCAGGAUGCUGAAGUCAUUGAUGACGCAAAGGACUUGUUUGAACAAUCUGGUCAAUUGGAAGAUGCUUGGGCUCAAAUUUGUCCAGAGACUGAAUCUGCAAGACUAGAAUGUGAAGAUGCACAUACAUGUAUGUCCGAUGAGGAAACAGAAAUUGAAUCUGUUAGAAACAUGCCUGAUUUGCUCCAGACUGAUAACACACUAUCUAAAACAGAGGUACUUCAGAGUACAGUGUCAAGACAAGAAGCAGAAACAAUACUGAGAUCAAUGAAUGAGGAACAAGCUGAUGUUUUCUACAAAAUAAGACAAUGGUGUUUGGAUAAAAAGAAUGGCAAAAAUCCUGAUGCAUUUAAGCUAUUUCUGACUGGUGGAGCUGGUACUGGAAAAAGCCAUUUGAUCAAGGCAAUUUGCUAUGAAUCUACACGACUUCUAGCCCCCAUCCAAAGCAAUCCAGAUGAUAUCUCCGUACUUUUGGUAGCUCCAACUGGUGUUGCAGCAUUUAACAUUAAUGCAUCCACAAUACACAGUGCACUCUCAAUUGGAAUUGAUGCAAAACUGCCAUACCAACCACUUGGUGAGGAAAAGGUCAAUAGCCUUCGAUCAAAGCUGCAAAGUAUUCAUAUACUUAUCAUCGAUGAAAUAUCAAUGGUUGAUCACAAGCUGUUAUCAUACAUUCAUGGCAGACUAAGACAGAUUAAACAAACUUCUGAUUAUUCGCCAUUUGGAAAUGUAUCCGUGAUUGCUGUUGGAGACUUUUAUCAGUUACCACCCGUUAAGGGUAGACCUUUAUAUGUUGGCACAAAUGGAUAUGACCUGUGGAAUGACAAUUUCUCUGUCACAGAAUUGACCACGAUCAUGAAACAAAAAGACCCUGCAUUUGCACAACUUCUGAAUCGGUUACGAACACGAAAGAGAUCAGAGCCUCUUGAAACAAAUGAUAUCAAUAUGCUCAUGCGACAAGAAACUGGUGAAAACGAUGCUGAUUGCAUUCACAUUUUUGCGACAAACGCUCAGGUUGAUGAAUUCAAUGUCACUGCCCUUCAUUCUAAAUGUACAGAUCCAAUUUCCAUUCAAGCACAAGAUUUCUCAAGAAACCUAAAAACAGGAAAGCUUGAAAAGAGAGAAAACCCUCAUGUGAAAGUUUAUAACUCAGUCUUACAAAAAAGUCUAUUUGUAGCAAUUGGUGCUCGUGUGAUGAUCACUAAAAAUAUUGAUACAUCAGAUGGUCUUGUGAAUGGAGUCUUUGGAACUAUUAGCCACAUAUCUUUGAAUGAUGGUGAAGCAUUUCCUUCGAGAAUAUAUGUUGUGUUUGACAAUGAUAAAGUUGGUCACAAAUUACGCAAACUGAAAGGGACAGCAUCUGCUUUACAAACAAACAGUACUCCCAUUGCACCACUUGAGGAAACUGUUUCAAACAAUGGAGGCAUCAGACGACAAUUUCCACUCAAACUAGCCUGGGCUUGCACCAUACACAAAGUACAAGGCAUAACAGUGAACAAAGCUGUCGUUUCAUUGGGCAAGAUCUUUGCAGCAGGACAAGCUUAUGUGGCAUUAAGUCGAGUAUCCUCUCUUGGAGGUCUAAUCAUUGAGAAUUUCAAAGAGUCGGUCAUAUACAGUCGUGAAAAGGUCGAGGCAGCAGUGUCUAGUAUGCCAAAGUUUAUGAAUGCAAAUCAGAAAACAUAUGAUGGUCAUGCUACAUGUACAUUCAUUAUGCAAAACAUUGAGGGCCUUCAAUCACAUAUUCAAGAUUUGCAGAAUGACCGGAGGGUUUUAGAGGCCGAUUUCAUUUGCUUGACAGAAACAUGGUUAUCUGAUACACAUCCACUUGAUGAACCAAAACUUGAUGGAUUUACAUUGCAUCAUAAACCCAGAGCACAGUCCUAUGAAUCGUGUGAACCAAUACUGAUGGAAUUAAAGAAUCAAAGUCAUGGUGGCGUUGGAGUUUAUUGUAGUGAAGACACAGCUUGUGAAUUUCCUCAGUUUCCAGUAUCCAAUUUGGAGUAUCUGCCAUUUUAUGUCAUGGAACUGCAAGCUCAUGUUGUUAUCAUCUACAGGCCAACCUCAUUCAAAGCUGAUAUUUUCAGGAAGCAUUUAUUGCAACUUGUUCAGGAACUUGAAAAGCAUUCUGCUCGAUCGAUUAUCAUGGGUGAUUUCAAUGAGAAUGUCUCUUCGUCAUCUUCCAUACAGACUUUGAUGGAAUCGAAUGGUUUCACACAAAUCGUUUCAGGAUCUACCACUGAAAGUGGAACGCUUAUUGACCAUGUAUAUGUCCGAGGACUUGAGAAUGUAUCUGUGCAGAUUCUUCCAACAUACUAUGGUUACCAUGAAGCCAUUGAAAUCAAACUAUGA